AUGGGUCCAAAAAGAAAACGUUCGUCUUCAUCUCGUGUUUCUAAAUCAAAAAACACAUCUAAUAGAAAAUCAACCAGCAAAGUUGAUGAAGAAACAUCAUCUGAUAAUAAACCAACAACAAAUUCAAUGAAUAGAAAAGAUACAAAAAAACCUACAACAAAAACAAAAGGAAGUCAACAAGUUAAAUAUCGUGUUGGUGAAGAAGUUCAAUAUGAUCCUGUACAUAAAGGUUCAACAAGACGUGCACAAGGAAAAGUUACAAAAGUAUUAACAGGAGCAAAGAAAUCAGAUCCAUCAACAAAAGAAGUUCGAUAUGUCAUUGAAAAUGAUAAUACGAGAAAAGAAACAAGUCAGUUAUUUUUUAUGUGA